GCCCCCGUCAGUCUCGCCUUCGAUCGCCACCAAACCUCGCACCCCGCGCUGGCCCCUCGCCUCCCGUGCCAUCGACCGCUGCAAAAUGCAGGGCCUCGCCGACGACGAGGGCAGCCUCGCCACCGCGCCCAGCAGCCCUACGCGGCCGCGCCACAUCUGCUCCGGCCGAGACGGUGACCACGACGAAGACGGUGCAGGCAUCCACUACUUCUUCAGCUGCCCGGCCAGCCCCGUGCACUACAUCCUCCGCUCGCCGCCAGCGUCCUGCGCGUCGGUCCACUACGCUCCCUCCACCGACGGAGACUUCUGCACGGCCGCCGGCGACUUCGAGUUCGCCGCGCGCGACCGCGGCGUCGGCGCCGCUGGCGCCGGCGCCACCAUGUGCUCCGCCGAGGAGCUCUUCGUUUCCGGCCGCAUCCGCGUCGGCUGCCUCUCCCCCAUCCUCCAAGAAACCGAUCGCGGUGAGCAGAUGGAGGAGGUCGGCGUCGACGGCCGGUCACCACGGCAUCGCCGGGCCAGGUCGGCGUCGCCGCCCCGGAGCCCCCGGCUCGACAAGAACGCGGCGCCUUCCGGCUGCUUCGCGUCAGAUUCGUCUUCGUCCUCCUCCUCGUCCUCUUCCAAGACCAUCCGGCGGAGGAUAUCGCUGCGGGACCUCCUCGGCCGCACCUGCAGCGACCCCUCGGUGAGGCCGCCGCCGCCACCUAUCACCAACGGUGCCGAGAGGUCAGGCUCCUGGCUGCCUUCCAUAUGGCCGUCGCGGUCAAGGAAAGCCCUUCCCUGCCCAGCGCCGCUGCCUGCGCGCCGAUCCACGUCGUCGGUCAAGAAGGCGCUGGGCGGUGCGGGGUAUCAGGACGCGCCGCCGCGGCGCACGACGUCUCUGCCGUACCGGCAGGGCCUGGUCCUUGGAUGCCUGGGUUUAGGAGCGCGGAGCUACGGACUCGCUAAAUCCAUGCACCCGCUCUCCACCCGGUGAUCUCGUCACAUUUCUCAUAGUUUCAGCAGUGGUCAUAUGAAAAUACUGUAUUUGAUGUGCUUAUCGCCCCAGGGAAGAAUGGAAAACAAUUACUAUGUAAAUCUCAAAUAUGAUUUUGUUCUGUUGGUUGAAUCCUUAUUAUA